AUGCUUGUCGCCGGGGUAGAUGGUCCUUUUUUUUUUUUUGCCCUUCCUCUUGGCUUCCAAUUCUCUGUUACUUUGCACCAGAUGUUCGAUGCCAUUGGAGGGACCGCCGAUUAUUCAUCACGAUCCACGACCGUAUCCGUAGACGAACACAGGCACUCAGUCCCACUUGUCGGUAUUUCCCUCGCGCUCAGCUGUUUGUCUGCAUUUCAAUUCCCGGUACGGUGUGCCACAGCACGAGCGAGCAGGCCACGCAGGCCACGCCGCACCAAAAGACCGUCAGCGGCUGCUCCCAGAACCCAAUGUCAGGGAACCCCAAACCAGCCGUGGGCACCCCAAUGCACACCACACACACCACAGGGCCACAGAGUCCACAAUGCCACAAAGACCACGUCCACGACCAGGGGAAAGGAAAAAUUUCAACCCACGGUGCCGCUUCUCUCAGCUCCGCGGCCGCGGUCUUCCGGCCCUGGACCUUGCUUGCUGAUGCCUCGACCUGCCCUGAUCUCCUCUUACCAGAUACUCGACUUUCAGCUUGAGCGCUGUUUGCUCGGUACCGAGGCACACGUUACCUCCAAUUGCGCACGCCGUACGGAGUACAGACUACAGAGUACGCCUGCGGCAUACCUGCCAAAGCUCUGUAGCGAGAACCUUACCCGCUGCCCUUUUCUAAUCUCUACUACGUACUGUGUAGGUUGCCUAUGCAAGACCCAGGCUCAGCAGCCGUCGUCGAAUUAUCUUCCUGGCGCUAUCUGUACGCAUGAUCAAGAUCAACGCAUCCUGGAGCUCCUGCGGACUGUCGAUUCGAUGUGUACCGCAGCCAAUGCCCUCACCGUUUUCUCCUACGCUUGCCUGUACGAGAAUACAAGACACAAGAGGGAAUACUCGUUGUGCGCCCAGGCAUGCUUCCAGGAGCAAUGGCAUUGCGCAGGUUUUGGCCUUGCUCGAUUUCAUGGCCAAGACCAUGCCCAAGCCUUGGAAUUGGCCUUCUACACAGUAGAGGGAGUGCCACGCAUCCGGAGGUGCUGGAGCAGGUCGUGCAGCAUCCAGCUCGGCAUGUCGUCGUGUUCUGGAGACUGGCUGUGCCGUACCGUGGACAGCAUGUCUUGGGAGUGCGGGCGGAUGUCAUGUCAGCCAGUCAGAUGGCUUGCCACGCCCUUCACCGGCCACACCCCCCUUUCGCCGCCACAGCUAUUUGAUUCCCAUCCGCUGGGAACCUCGACCGCAAAACCCCCAAAGGUUGAGCAGGGAACAAGGGCUUUCGAGUCUCAUGGUUGGGGCCUGCUCGCUGGCUGCCACGCUCUCGUGGCUCACUGA